AAAAACAAUACGAGGGACAAUAUUUCAAUUUGCUUCCUAAAGACGGAAGUACCGUACUGUGCCAUAAUCAACACUGUAGAUCCCAAAUUAUGGUUCCUGGAUUAAGUCAGUCAGCCUAGCAGUCGAGCAGUCGAGCAGUCAGUCAGUCAGUCAGUCAGUCAGUCAGUCAGUCAGUCAGUCAGUCAGUCAAUCUGUCAAUCCAAUCUGUCAAUCCAAUCUGUCAAUCCAAUCUGUCAACCGCGGGAGAACGGAAGCUAUUUUCUCGAUCCAGUCAAAAGUCAUUCAAAUCCAGUCAAAAAACGAUUCAAAACUUCCAGUCCAAUUGCGGGCGGCCGGCGGCAAAAACGUCAUGGCUUUUUCGUAGUUCAUUGAUCGCUAAACCCGUCAACUUCAAACACUGAGAUGUUUGAGCUUUGUGGACAAUGUCUAUUGAAUUGGAUACACUUCAACUUAACUUUUAAUGCUGCAAUCGAUACUUAAUUAAUUCGAAGCAUGUUGUUUAUCUACAGGAACUGGAACAUUACUGACGGUGCAGAAACGAAACACUACAGCCACAUGGUUCUAUGACUAGAGUCCCCUCAGUGAUCUUUAUAAAGGAUCGUCGGAACUCCCUCUCAGACACGACCCGUCAAUCCUAUCGAAUAAGCUUGAUACUCCCGAGUCUCAGAAAAUGGAUGAGUUUACAGCAGAUGCGUUUGUGAAUCGUGAUGAUCCUAUCCCGGUCAUACGAUUAGAUUCUAGAGACGACCUUGAUGAUGAUAUUGAAGAUACAAAAGGGGUGUCUGGCAAAGAAGGUGCGCGAGAGCGAUUAAAGAGGCAUAAAUCGGGGUUGAAGGAGAAUCUCAAAAGAGCGCACAGUAAAGCCUCAGAAAAAUCAGCAAGUGUACAAGAUAGAUUACUUGAAAGGUAUGCCAAGAUCCUAUACUGCAGCGUUUCCCUCUCAGGAUUCUUCUGACUAUAAUAGAUUAUUACAACAAGUCAUACCAAUCGAGGAUCUCAGUGAAAAUCGCAAAGAUGCCCCUGCGACUACUACGAACUUUGUCGAAAGACCUGCCUUUAACGUUACGACCAUGUCGAAUAAUUUCAGAAGGUUCAAUGCAAGAAUAGGGGUGGUUUUCGUCUUUCAAGCCAAAGUGAUACGUCUGCUAAGCUGGAAACAAUGGUCGCAUACUCUCUCAUUUCUUGCAGUAUAUACAUUCGUCUGCCUAGAUCCUUAUCUCCUUACCGUCCUCCCACUGGCGGUUCUUCUCCUUGCCGUCCUCAUACCCUCCUUCAUAGCUCGUCACCCAGCCCCUCCUACAACUAUCACUACAGACUCCUUCACAUAUUCCACGACAGGUCCGCCAAUAGCCCCAGCUCCAACUGUCAAACCAGUCAAAGAACUUUCCAAAGAUUUCUUCCGAAAUAUGCGCGACCUCCAAAAUUGCAUGGAAGAUUUCUCCCAACUACACGAUAAAAUAAUCAGCCUGAUUUCCCCUUCCACAAACUUUUCCAACGAGCCGCUCUCAUCCACUCUCUUUCUUUUCCUCGUAGUAACUGCAGCAUUCAUGUUUAUCGCUUCCCAUCUCAUGCCAUGGCGCUUCAUCUUCCUAACAAUAGGCUGGACCAUAACGUCUCUCGGUCAUCCUACCAUUCAGCGUCAAAUGCUCACAACCCACACCACCAUUGUACAACCACGUGCUAGACCUCUUCAAACUAAUCUCGAAACAUUCAUAGCUAGCGACAUUAUCCUCGAUUCAUCUCCCGAGACUCGGGAGGUAGAGAUUUUCGAAUUGCAAAAACUUUCGCGCGCUGGCGAAUGGGAACAUUGGUUAUUCUGCACCUCACCCUAUGAUCCUUUGAGUAGUAUGCGGAUUGAAAUAGGGAGACCGGUAGGCUGUCGCUUUUUCGAAGAUGUAAAGAGUCCUCGAGGUUGGGAAUGGAGCGAGAAGAAAUGGGCGCUAGAUUUGUGGAGUAGGGAGUGGGUUGAAGAGAGGAUUAUCACCGGGGUUGAAGUUGAAACUGAAGGGGAGAGAUGGGUUUAUGAUAUUAAGUAUGAAAUACAAGAGGAGGAAUCUGUGGGCGUUUUGGAUGCGGGCAGCAGUAGUAAUGUGGGAAGUGUGAAGGGCAAGAAAGGCGUGCCGGUUAGUUGGGAGGAAGCGAGUGAUGUUGAUGGUGUGGGUAGGAGGGGAGAAUGGAGGAGAAGGAGAUGGGUUCGCAUGGUCAAGAGGAGGUGGGAGAAUCAUGAAGGCGUUGGGGAAGAUGAGCAGAUAUAGAUUGUGCUUGAAUACUAUGAUUUACGAAUUCCAGGCGUGGAUGAUGGAGUGGCAUUUUACAGCGUAUGGUUUAUAAGGAGCAAUUGGAUAAGGCAUGGUAUGGUAUGGAUAUUGGAACGGGGUGGAAUGGGAUUGGAGGUGAGCUACAUAUAUAACUUGCUGCUGGUCUCACCUUUUGCAUUUACUGAUUUCUAUGUACUCGUAGACAAAUUUAGCGAGUAAAUCGACAUGAAACACAAAAAUGGCGGUGAACAUGUUUGUCCAAGUGACGUGCGUAAUCUAGUUUGCUCAGAUUAUUCGGUAUUGCCCUCAAGAGUCAGUACCCCAUUUACAAGCUUUACGUAGAGGCGAGUGCGAUAUGGUUCAUAAACAGCAAAUAAUAAAAGCAACUAAUUCAUUAGAAACUAUGGGAUACUUAUCACUCACUCACUCUUCAGUAACAUUCAAUGAGGAAGGUAACAUAUCGGUACCAGUAAUUGAUGAGAAGGAACACUGCCUCGGAUGGAUGCAUGCACAAUUCAGCCUGUUAUUCUAACGGUUAAGGAUAUUUCCUACACUGUACAUCCAUCAGUCAACUUGUCAAGAGACUCAUCAUCUACCAUGCAGUGCAUAU